UCACAUCCCAUCUGGAGCACGCUCGCAUUUCUCCCUUCUGCUUCCCUACCAUAGAGUCGCGCUGGAAACAGAAGAUAGAGGGAGUGGAGGAGCUCGCCAUCUCCAAGCGAUCUACAGCGGGAAAAACAUGGAGUCCGCUCCGGCAGCCCCCGAUCCAGCAGCCAGCGAGCCGGGCAGCAGCGUCUCCGAGGCGGCCGCCGGCGCCAGGGACACCCCGGCGAGCCUGGAGCCGGCCCGGAAAAGCGAUGCGCCGGCCGCCGGCCGCAGGCAGAGCUACUCCACCAGCGGUAGCGGCAGCAGAGGUAUUUCUGUAACAAAGAAGACUCAUACAUCUCAAAUUGAAAUUAUUCCAUGCAAGAUCUGUGGAGACAAAUCAUCAGGAAUCCAUUAUGGUGUCAUUACAUGUGAAGGCUGCAAGGGCUUUUUCAGAAGGAGUCAGCAAAGCAAUGCUACGUACUCCUGUCCUCGUCAGAAGAACUGUUUGAUUGACCGAACCAGUAGAAACCGCUGCCAACACUGUAGAUUACAGAAAUGCCUUGCUGUGGGGAUGUCUCGAGAUGCUGUAAAGUUUGGUCGAAUGUCAAAAAAGCAGAGGGACAGCCUGUAUGCGGAGGUACAGAAACAUCGAAUGCAGCAGCAGCAGCGAGAUCAUCAGCAGCAACCAGGAGAGGCAGAACCACUAACACCAACAUACAAUAUCACCACCAACGGGUUAACAGAGCUACAUGAUGACCUCAGUAAUUACAUUGAUGGGCAUACCCCUGAAGGUAGCAAAGCAGACUCUGCAGUUAGCAGCUUCUACUUAGACAUACAACCUUCUCCAGAUCAGUCGGGUCUUGAUAUUAAUGGAAUCAAACCAGAACCAAUAUGUGACUACACACCAGCAUCGGGCUUCUUCCCUUAUUGUUCUUUUACAAAUGGGGAGACCUCUCCAACUGUGUCCAUGGCAGAAUUAGAACAUCUUGCACAGAAUAUUUCCAAGUCUCAUAUGGAAACUUGCCAGUACUUGAGAGAAGAGCUACAGCAGAUAACAUGGCAGACUUUUCUUCAGGAAGAAAUUGAGAACUAUCAGAACAAGCAAAGGGAGGUAAUGUGGCAGUUAUGCGCAGUCAAAAUAACAGAAGCUAUACAGUAUGUAGUGGAAUUUGCCAAACGCAUUGAUGGCUUUAUGGAACUGUGUCAAAAUGAUCAAAUUGUGCUUUUAAAAGCAGGGUCUUUAGAGGUUGUGUUCAUCAGAAUGUGCCGUGCCUUUGACUCCCAGAACAACACAGUCUACUUUGAUGGCAAGUAUGCUAGCCCAGAGGUUUUCAAGUCCUUAGGGUGUGAAGACUUCAUUAGUUUUGUGUUUGAAUUUGGAAAAAGUUUGUGUUCUAUGCACCUCACAGAAGAUGAGAUAGCUUUGUUUUCUGCAUUUGUUUUAAUGUCAGCAGAUCGUUCAUGGCUUCAGGAGAAGGUAAAAAUUGAAAAACUCCAACAGAAGAUCCAGCUAGCACUUCAGCAUGUCCUACAGAAGAACCACCGAGAAGAUGGAAUUCUAACAAAGUUAAUAUGCAAAGUGUCUACUUUAAGAGCACUGUGUGGACGACAUACAGAAAAGCUUAUGGCAUUUAAAGCAAUAUACCCAGACAUUGUACGACUUCAUUUUCCUCCACUUUACAAGGAGUUGUUCACUUCAGAAUUUGAGCCAGCGAUGCAAAUUGAUGGGUAAACGUAUCACCUAAGCACUUCUAGAAUGUCUGAAGUACAAACAUUUAAACAAAAGAAAGGAAAAGGAAAAAAAAAAAGAGAAAAAAAAGAAAACCAAGACACUUUAUAUGGCCCUGCACAGACCUAGGGAGCCAACACACUGCACAUCUCUUGGCAGUCGGGGUCAGGCGAAGGAUGGGAAACAAUGAAACAAAGUUGAACUUGUUUUUCUCAUGCAUAUGAUUUCCAUUAUGCCUACAAAUAUGGACCCUUUUUCUGUCUCAGCUUCUCAAUCCUUGACCUCUGUUUACACAGACUGAGGGUACUAAUAUCAGAAGGUUGUUUUCUCUUGUAGUUCACUGCCCAGACUUCUGACAGAACAAUCAAUUUGUUGAUCAGAACAGAGAGUCCACCUAGUAAUCAGCGACUGGUGUGCAUUGCAGAGAUUUCAGCAUCAGUUUGCACAACUUGCUCAUUGUUUCAUGAAGGACGAUUUUUUUCACCUACCACUGUUUGCCAGUAGACAGAACGGCAUGAAAAGGGUCCAUAGCAAUAGCAACAAUAGCAUUAUAAUAUAUUACAGGGUAAAUGGGCAUGAAGACUAUAUAUAGCAAAAGAGAUAUUGUUUAUAUAUUGUUUUAAUUAAUAUAAAAUGUAGUUACUGGUAUAGCUUUUCUUGUUGAAUUGAUAAGGCACUUUCAUUUUGCACCUUUUUCUUUAAAUUAAAUGCUAGAGUGUUCAUUGUUGUGUUGCAUGUGCACCAGAAAUUCAAGUUUAACUGAAAAAGGUUUUUGGCAGGUACUGGUACAUUGGGAGGUAUUUAUGCUGCUGUUUUCCAUGUUACUUUUAAAGAGAGGCUGGUCAUAUCCUGAAAUGGUUACACAGAUUUUUUAAAAGAGUUUGAAAAUAAUGAAAAGUUUCUAAAUUAAAAUCAGCUUUUCAACUGUUAAUUUAAAAGGUACUUUUGUUUUUAAAUCUUUCAAACCUGGAUGUUUAAAAUUACAUGCCUAGAUUCAGAUUUAGGCACACAAGUCAAAAGCCUCAUUUUCAAAGGUGCUGAGUUUCCUUGGACAGAGUUAAACUAAGCAAUUACAGAUCGCUUACAGAUAGAAUAAAGCAUCACCCUUGAAAAUCAGACUGUUAAACAAAGUGUAUAAAGCCCAACAUAAAUCCAGGUUUGAAGGGAUUUACUCAAGGCUGUAUCUACAGUAAAAGUAUGUGUAUGACAUGUAUGUGGAAAAUUGAUUUUUAGACAUAAUAUUACAUACUUUUUACUCCAUUUUGUAAACAAUGCCUUCAAACUCCAAACUCUAUCAAAAUUCACAAGACGUUUGGUUUUGGCUUUAGUGAGAUUAGACAAUGACCCACGUUCUUCAAACAUCCACCAGUUCAAUUUAAAGUAGCUGAACAGAAUUGCUCUCUUUAUUUAAAUAGAUGCACUUUAAAGUUUAUCACAUGAGGACAGACCAAUAAAAUAAGGGCACACUGUUGCUAGAAAACAUUGUUUUGGACUCUGUUUAAUGCCUGGAAAUCACAAAUACCAUAAAUCUACAUUCUGUCAUUUUGAAAUUGUGAUUCCUGCAUUGCAUAACCAACUGAUAAGCCACAUUUUGCCAUCUUUAUUAAUACGUUACCAUUCUCUUUACAUAUAGUACUGUCUCUGAGUAAAUGUGGCAAGAUACAGAAAUUAAAUUAGUUCUGAAGGGAACAUAUCCACACUAAACCACAUCACAAAAUAAACUGUGGCUGUUUAAGCCAGAGGUGCAUAAUUGCUUUUGGAUGAGAUGAGUACACACAACCAGAUGUCUGGUAGACCUAUACAAAUGAAGUUUAUGAUGAAGUACAUAUGAAAAAAAAAUAGGACUUUAAAAAAGAGGAGAAAAAACCCACAAUGCACUCCACCACUUCAAUUUCCAAAGAUAAUAAAUCUCUUACAUACAGUCAUUGAAAAGUAACAUUGAAUUGAACAGAAGCACACUGAAGUCUAACCAUUUUAAAAGAAGAACUAGGUCAGCAGAUUAUUACAAGCAAAACAGAGGUUUAUUCUGUGAUUUGAAUGUUUCCUUUGGGGUCAAAUUGAGCCAUUGAGCCAUGACCUCUCUUAAAGUUUUUUUUUCAUCAGGGAAGCUUAUAGAUAGCACUGGAUAGCAGUUGGCUAUCAUUCCUCUAUAUGGUGUGAAAGCAGGGGGAGAUGGACAGGAACACUUGCAGCUCUGGGAGCACCAGGAUGGAGGCAUAAGUCCAGAGAGCUGUCCUUGUACUGCGCCAUCCUGCCCGCUCCCAGCCCAGCACACACUCUCUGCAGUCUCACUGAUACCUUUUCCUAGAAUCAUUGUUUACUUUAUUGGAGUAGCUGGCAUGAUACGGUACUUUGAUUCCAGUAUGUGUUCCUGUUUUUAAAGCAACCUUUUUAACUAACAAAUGUUUUCUGAAUGUGACCAGCCUUAGGUGCUAGUCCUUUAAAGAUCAACUAAACUUAAUUUCAGUGUCAACUAAUGAAUAAUGAAGUAAGGCUUGUACUUUUUUAGAGAGUGAGAUACAACUCCUAUUUCUGAAAAUAAGUAGACUACCAGGCAAUUGGGAUUAAUUUUCAGUCACAUCAUUAACCUAUCUUUUCCUGAUGAAUAUUAGUACUUUACCAGGCCUUUAAAUGCCAAUGGUUUUGUUCAGUAUCUAGUUCAGAGUAUUUAUACCCGUAAGUCACUGACAACACAGAAUUUGGGAGCAUUUAAUAAUAAAAUGCAUAAUCAUAGAAGGGUUCCAAAUAAGGCCUUAGCUGAAAGCCUGUUACAUCUAGAAUUGGCUUGUGACAUGAUCUCCCAGGCUAUGCAGCACCUACAUGCUGUUGUUUUUCACAGCAGGAGCUCCUGUGUACUAGCACCUUGUCAAACCAGGCUGUGCAUACACACCCCAAGUAAGUCUGCUUUCCUGAUCACAGUUAGCAGCCACUUGGCAAUAGAGUAUUACUGGCUUUGUUUUGCUUGGUAGAGACAAGGUAAAAAGAGAUACAGCCAUGGCAGAUAUACUGAAAAGACGGCAGUUGCCACAGAGGCUGUUAUGAAAAGGGGAUGUAGACUAGCCUCAGAGCGGCUGGCUGGAAUGACUGCCAUGGGAGAACCUGACGCGGCAGAGGAAGUGCACUCUGCAGAACUCUGGGACUGUGGCCUGGUAUCAGACAAUCAACAGACUAUUCAGUUAAAAACCAUACUGGGGGGCAGUGGAUAUUCACAUGAGUAUCUUCAUGAUCUGCCCAGCUGACUACAAACAAAAACGUGAGGAUAGCUGAAGAUAAAGAAGUAAUAUAUUGCUUUUGAAUGAUCCGUUCAUUGAGAUCUGCAAAGAGAUUUUCAUUGGGCAUAAUAUCUAUCCACAGAGAUAUUUUCUGGCUUUCUAGAAAAGAGUAUAGUAUACUGUCAUUUGGACCGCCCUAACAUACUUCAGCAUCUCUAACAUUGUUUGGCUUUUAAAAACUACGGGAUGAGGUGAAAAGGGAGGCUGUUUUUAAGUUUGGUUGUUCUUUAUUAAAGCUUAUCUAUCUUAGUAUGGAUACCAAGAUAUCUGUGUGUGUAUGUGCACCUGUGUGUGUGAGAGAGAGUACUGUUGUGCGCAUGUGAAUAUAUGCGUGGGUAUGUGUGAGUGGCUGCUUCUAGGCUCUUAAGUGUCAAUGAAAAAAAGAAAAUGUAUUGAAAAUACUUAAGACAAAAACAGAAGGUGGAAAAAAGAUUUAUUCUAUACAAAGCCUUGUCUGGACCACUUUAGAGAGACUUCUAUUUUUUUAACCCUUCUAUAAAUAUUUGAUGGCACUUGAAAUAUUCCUGCAAUAAAAUGUGAUUUGUGUAAACAUUAAAAAAAAAAAAGAUUUUGUAAUGUGAAACAAUGAAAGAAAGUAAUGUAAUUUUUCUAAAAAACAAAAAAAAACACAAAUGAACGAACUUUGUAUUAUUUUCUUGACGGAAUUUGUCUAUUUGUCUUUGGAAAACUUUUUAUUUCAUUGAAUGUGCCAUAGUAGAGGUGUGUGUUUCUUUUUCUUUCUUUUCUUCAUUUUUUACAUUGUAGAUUUAAGGAAUAGCUGUGUUCCGACAUUCCAAAAUGCAAGAUGACAUAGCAGUCAUGAUUAAAAGUUUAAUUAGUAAGCUUCAAUCAUUGUUGCUUUUUUUGCACAUGUUCUUCAUUCCUCUACAGUGCAAUAUGUACAUAGAGCACUUGCGGGUGUAACCUUGAUCCCUCAGGGAAAAUUACAUAUUUGUACAGGAUUUUUUUUGCCUUUUUUUUUUUUGCUAAGGAAUGUCGAUUGAAUCACUUGUCUGUUGUUGAGGGGCAGCCAGAUAAUAAUCCUAAACCACUGUCACAAAACAUUGUUUAAUAAUUUUGUGCCCUUUUAUUAUUUAAAAAGAAAAAUAAAAGUUAUUUUCUGACAGUUCUUUGUGCUGAUUGAUGAAAAAAAGGGUAAAUAUAUAAGCACCUUAUGAUUGACUUAACUGUGAAUGACAAUCCAUCUUGUUAUCAACAACAGAUGCCCUACCACUUUGGAGCUGGGGUUAAGAGUCAGAAACUAAUGUGCUCAGGGAUCUUCUAAAACUCUUCAACAGGGUGGCCAGUACUACUGGUGGGACAAAUUACUUUAAAAAGAAAAAAAAAAAAAACUAAUAUUUCUUCCCUUCCCCCCUCCCCGCAGGCACAAGAGAACUGGAUAGAUUUUUUUUUUAACUAAAUGCUCUAUGUGUGCCUCGUUCUGUGACUCAGUUUUGCAAUCUAUCUGCUCCUUGGUCUUUAUUUUCUUCCAAACAAAAUUACUCCAAACAAUUGCAAAGGUUUUGCAAUUAUAUUUUAGCAAAUAAAUGAAUGCUGAUCCAUUAAUGGAUCAUGAUUGAAAUUUAAUUUCAAUAACCUCUGGAUGUUGUUAUAAUCAUAGGACUUUUUCCAGGUGAAUUUCAGUGUUUUGCAAUAUAAAAUGGGUUUUCAGUAUUUAAAUUGUCAAAGAAAACAAAUCAGUUUAUGAUAGUACAAUAUGAAUGAAAAUGCAAUGAUU